GCCCCGCUCGAGGCGAACGCCUGCGUCGGCACCUGGCGAAGAGCCAACUCGUCUCUGGAGCAGCAGCCGAUUGUCUCUGGAACAGCCGCUGAUUGUCUCUGGAGCAGCAGUUGAUUGCCUCUGGGGCAGCAGCUGAUUGGUCCGAGGCCGGCGACGCGAUGAUCAGGACGGCGGUGCUCACCGCGUUCCUGGCGGCAGUCGCCGCUACGCCAUGCCCCAACCGGUGGCUGGCUAACGGUGGCUUCUGCUACUUGGCCUCCACCUACACGGCGUCGUGGCGGGAGGCGCGCACAGCCUGCAACGCCAUGGGCGCAGGCAGCGACCUCGUCUCCAUCCACAGCAACGCUGAGAACGACGUGGUCGCCAGCUACCUCGGCGCGCGCGGGGCCUGGAUCGGCCUCAACGACCUCGACUCGGAGGGCCACUUCGUCUGGUCGGACGGCAGUCAGCUGAGCUACGCCAACUGGCAGGACGGCCAGCCCAACAACUUUCUCGAUCAGGACUGCGUCAACAUCGUGGAGGACAACAGCGGCCAGUGGGAUGACAACCACUGCGUGGAGAAGAAGGACUUUGUCUGCAAGAUGCCCGCGAUGUGAGCGGACGGGGGCGUGGCGCCAGCUGAUUGGACGCGCCAGGGCAGGCCGUGCGGGCUGGGGUGCUGGCUGGAGUCGAGGGGCGUCGAUGUGGCGUGUCCUGCUCAUUUCUGCUGCAGUUGGCUGCUUUCUGUUAUGACUAUAGGCCAUGUCAUUUGGGGAAUCGGCCCGAUGCGCGUGUGUAGCGAACGAUGGUGCGACUUUGUGGCAGCGAAAGCUUUUCCACACGCACAAUGAAACCACUGCACCACCGAACCCGUCCGUGGGGACGAGCGAACGGAAAACUGUCGAGAAAGGCUCCUGGCGCUGGAGGACUUGUACUACGAACGACGCGUGCAGAUGCAACUAAACGACUUGACGUG